UUGUAUAAGUCUUAAAAAGACUGUUUGUCCGAGAUUCGCACCCUCACUCAUCAAUAUCAUCCAGUCCAUCAGAACAGAUGUAGUCAUCCCAAAGCGCAUAUUCGGGGAUUGAGCCACAUGAUAGUAGAUCUCCAGUUGACACGCACUCAAGUACGCCUUGGUCCUGCACGGUGACUCGGGGCAGGCUCGGAGGGAUCGAAACGCCGAGAAUGUCGCUUAUACGCUGUGCAAUGUAUUCGUUGAUAGCCUGAAGCCCGCAACCGGCGUGUCGCAGGACUUCUACCCUAAGCUCCAUCAUUUCUUUUCGCAAAAGCAUGACGUCGUGCUUGAGCACCUUGUUAUUGAUUGCCAACUUGUUCACACAUCUGAUAGCAUCGACUCCCUCUCAAACCAGCCCACAGCUAGGCGACCCGAUCAUGGCUCAGUAUGAGGAGCUGAGUCCCUUUUUUUUGCUGAGGAUAUUGUUCGUAUGCUUCCGUUUUGAGCUCAGAUUUAGCAUGCGUUUGCCACGGAUAGAGGAAGAAAUUGAGCUCAGAUGUCUUACGGAGAAUUGACUACAGUUCGAAAGCUGUACAUUGAGUAUCAAGUGUCAAACUACGAGAUUAUUGGCCUAUGGCCGGCCUAAAAUAUAUACUGGUAGCUCGUUCGACUAUGCACGGCGCUUUCGUUGAUAUAAACUGAUUAUCUUGCAUUUUGGACCAUAUUCAAUUACAGUAUGCUGCAUUUACCCUGUAACCUGUUUCGUAGAUGAGUUAAUGGGCGUUGUCGUAGUGCAAAGGACAGGUCGUCUGAACUAGAUCCAGUCCCCCGAGACACCAAGACUGGAUCUGCGCUAUAAAAAUUCCUGCGCGGAAGAUUAUUUCCGGAGCUUUGAUACCAGUUAGCGAGAAGAGAGGCUAAUACAACACUACCCACCAUACCUAGCGUGGCUAAGUGUCCACUACGUGUUGCUUCUCUUUAGACGGUUAUAACUAUUCCUGCUAUCCCCCGUCCACUCUUGGUCAACUUUUUACCUCUCUGCAUCAGCAUGAGUGAUAUUUUAAUUGUAAAUUUUUCUUGGUUAGCAGGAAAUGUUUCCUACAGCACUUUUUCUGUUUUGGACCGUCCAGCGCAGACGCUGUAUCCUGGCAAUUUGCGCAUCCAGAAUGCUUCGGUACAACUAUUCAUCCACCUGGAUCGAGAUAUCAGCCGUCCACAGAAGUAAUAUUACCUUAAAAGGCAACUCUCUGGCAUAGUUGAAUUCUACGGAAAUUGUUUCCAUCUAGUCAGAGCAUCUUUAUCUGGAUAGAGAUGCUAAGGCGCGGUUUUCGCAUCACCACCCUGCAUCUCCCGCGGCGGACUAUAGUAUCUGAAAAGUUCCUGGGGAUAUUGUUAUUCAAUCUUGUCCGCGUGACAACGCUCUUAAGUACUCUGGGUGUACUACUGUUCGCCUCGUAGACCUGCCGAGCAAAACACAAGUACACAGAAUCUGCUUAAUGGGAUAGUGUAGGCUGCACUCCUGCAUUGCGCCAUUGUUCUCUAUUUUGCCCCAGAUUCUAACUCGUGCAUAAUAGAGUAUUGCGGAUGCUUGAAUAACACGAACAGCUGACGUUGCAAGCGAUGGAAAUAUCUUUGUACCAAAAUGCACCAUCAAACAUCGUGUGAAUGAAAGGACGUUACAUAACGACAACUCAGCACUGCCGUCUGGUAUAAUGGGAUCGUAAUAAUAAUAUCGCUUUCUUCCUUUCUCUCCAGAUAGUCCCGGCGCUUCCCACGUAGAAAUGCCAUCCAAGUAACUCUCGAAGGUCGAAGCUAAGCGUUUUCCGCCUCCACCAGGUAGAUCGACCACAAAAGAAGGUAGCAUAAAUCCAGAGAAGAUCCCGCGAAUAUGCUUUUCUAUCUUUAACAUCGUUCCAAGAGGUGUCCGGAGAUCUUCAACACCGCGUACAAGAUCACAUUGAUACACAUAGUACUGCCUC